GAAAAGAAAGGAUUGGGGUGGAGGAGAAUACAAGUGGGAAGCCGUGCAAGGUACGACCCUCAAGCGGAAACGGCAAGCCUUCGGCGGGAAAAAGGAAGCCAGUAAAGCAAUCUCACUCUCUUUCUCUCUCCUUCUCUCUCUCUCUCUCUCUAUAUUUCCAUACAUAUGAAACUGCAGAUUUUUCUGUAUAUAUUUUUGUAUUGAUGAAACUAAAGUGAAGAUUUAAGAAAGACAAAAAGCGCCAAGAAGAAGAAACCAGAAAUCUCUCUCUCUCUAUCCCUCUCCCUCUGUUACUGCCUUCUUUGCCGUUGCCGCCUUGAAGGAAUCCAUUGAAAAGAAGAAGAGAGAAGGCCGGGGGGGAAUUGUUGAAGCAUCUUCUCUGAGAAGGAGACUGGAUCGGAUCUGGUUUGCCUCUUCAAAAUCCUUCUCUUCCGAGUUGCAGCUGAAGAGAAAACUAGUGGAAUCGAAUCCACUAAGUCUUUGCCCCUCCAUUUGAUGCUAUAUGUGAUGGAAGAUCAUUGCCGGCUGAAGUAAGAAAUGGAGGAGGGAAUGGUGAACGGCACAAUGGACCGGUAUGCCAAGCUCAAGAAGGGAUCUUGGUUCAGCCAAUUUCGAAAUGGCUCCAACCCUUGGAUGGCCAGAUAUGUCUACGGCCUACUGUUUCUGAUCGCAACUUUGCUUGCAUGGGCAGUUCGAGAUUAUGGCCAUAACAUCUUGACAGAAAUGGAAAGACUAAAAGGAUGUGAAGGGGGCAAAGAGUGUUUGGGUACAGAAGGGGUUCUGCGAGUUAGUUUGGGAUGCUUUAUAUUCUAUUUUAUAAUGUUUCUUUCUACAGUUGGUACUUCAAAGUUGUGCGAACCUAGAGAACUGUGGCAUUCUGGAUGGUGGUCUGCUAAGAUUUUCUUGAUGACUGGACUCACAGUGCUUCCAUUUUUUGUUCCUUCGACUGUCAUUAAACUUUAUGGUGAGGUCGCACAUUUUGGCGCUGGGGUCUUUCUGCUAAUUCAGCUAAUCAGCAUCAUCAGUUUCAUUACAUGGUUGAAUGAUUGCUGUCAAUCUGAUAAAAAUGCUGAGAAAUGCCAUGUCCAUGUGAUGUUACUUGCAACUACUGCAUACGUUAUAUGCAUUCUUGGGAUCACUUUGAUGUACAUCUGGUAUUCCCCGGAGCCAUCUUGCCUUCUUAACAUUUUCUUCAUCACCCAAACUCUAGUACUCCUACAACUCAUGACAAGUGUCUCUCUCCACCCAAAGGUGAAUGCUGGAUUUUUGACUCCAGGGUUUAUGGGGCUUUAUGUGGUGUUCCUCUGCUGGUGUGCCAUAAGAAGUGAACCUCCGGAAGAAAAGUGCAUCAAGAAAGCAGAGGGUGCAACCAGAGACUGGUUGACAAUCAUUAGCUUUGUCGUUGCCAUACUUGCCAUGGUUAUCGCAACAUUUUCAACUGGCAUUGAUUCCAAAUGUUUUCAGUUCAGCAGGAAGGAUGACACAGAGUCUGAAGAUGACGUUCCGUAUGGUUUUGGCUUCUUCCAUUUUGUCUUCGCAACAGGAGCUAUGUACUUCGCCAUGCUGUUGAUUGGCUGGAAUACUCACCAUACUAUGAAGAAGUGGACGAUAGAUGUUGGCUGGACCAGCACUUGGGUCAGGAUGAUAAAUGAGUGGCUUGCAGCCGGCCUUUACAUAUGGCUGCUGGUAGCUCCAAUUGUAUGGAAAAACAGACAGGCAGCCGGAUCAGUGUGACGGUUCAAAAGAAUUCUCUUCCAGAGAUUGUCACAUUCUUCUGUCGUGUGAAUUCUUGCCCACCAUGAGCAGAUAAGUAAGCAGAAAAACCUUCAACAUCCCCUGAAGACUUUCUGGGGCUCACAACUACUAUAUGCACUGGAAUAAAGCUCUUUAGCCUAAAUUCAUUUGCCCAAUUUUGGCAGGCCCUGCACGCUACAUAUAUAUCACAGUCAUACGAUUAGAAAUGCAUCUUCUUGUUUGUGUAAAUAUUCUACCUAAGCAGUAGCACAGAAUCAUCAGUGUUCUUUGUCUUGUAUAUCAGUAAAACUAAUCCUUUAUAAUUUGUUCC